AUGCUAAUCUUGCUUGGUCACAUUAUGCAUGUUAGUCCCUGUAGAGUGAGACACAGAAAGUCUCUAUCAGUGAUGGAUGAUGUGAAGAGGUUGGCAGAGGCGAAUCCUGUGGUGAUCUUCAGCAAAAGCUCUUGUUGCAUGACGGACUACGUUGAGAAGCUGAUACGCAAUUUUGGGGCUAACCCUGCAGUUUACGAGCUCGAAGUAAUGGAAAAUGGAAAACAAAUGGAGAGGGCACUGCUGUCUUUAGGAUGUAACCCGAGCGUACCGGCGGUGUACAUCGGAAAGGAAUUGGUUGGGGGUGCUAAGGAGGUCACCAGCCUCAAUGUCAGGGGAGAGCUUAAACAACGGCUCAUAAACGCCCAUGCUAUAUGGGUUUAG